ACAAGCAUCACAUUCUGUAUUCAUUCUACUUCAAAAUCACAUCCCUGGCCCCGCACGGACGCCUCUGUGUACACAACAGUAGCUUGUUGCGCUGUGUGCAGGCUUUGUGGGAGUAGUCAGCUCGGAGCGCAAAGGUAAGGCGGCGCAAUACCAUGCGAUUACUAAUAACAAAGGCGUUACGGGCGAGCAGGGGGCAUUAAAGGGGGCACUGCACAAUGCUAUUCAGGGCGAGUAAAACUCUGCCAAACUUUGACCUGGAUAUCUCUAUUUUCCAGUUGUCGUUGUCUUGCAGGAGCUACAGUAGUUGAUGGUGUCUGGCUGUUAUCUCACGGCAUUAUAGGACCGUGUCACAUGUAGGCUAUGGAGACCAAGUUGUGUAUCGAGAUGACAUGGGUCUGCUGUGGAUGCAGUCGCCUCUCCAAACGCUGACUCCAACUAUAUAAGAAGUGAUGCAUUUCAAUUGCAGACACGUAUUUAACGUCAUCUGAAUGGCGCAUCGGACCUUACAUUAACCCGGCAAAUGAGAACAUCACCCUUGACUGUGAUCGACUGCCAUCCUCCCGUCGUUUGUUGUAGAAUAAUUCCUCACUUCUACCAAGAUGGAUGAAUAAUGCGCUUGAUUUUUGAUCCACGUUCGCCCCCCGUCGCCUUCCCAGCCUCGACAUUCAAUACUGACCAGGUGAACCACGAACUUACACGGGACAUCCUCUCUGCCGUAAACCAUGGCGGCCUAAAUAGGGUCGAUAAUCUCCAAUAUGACUCGCAGAUGGAUGACCAUGUAGCUAUGCCCACUUUGAAGACGACAUACUUAAAAAAUAAAACAGGCCUUCGAAACCAACAACGUGCCUUCAUCGGCGCUAUAUCGCAGUUAUCGUAGUGCAUGUGUGGAAUACCACAUCCCUGCUCGACAGAUUUGUAAUCGCAUUUAUAACAAGUUUUUAAACCCCACAGCUUCAGACACCCGACGUGGAGCCUGUGAACCAAACUCGUCUAUAAUUGGUGAAGCCAAAGCAGCCGGUCACUACCGGGAUAGCUCUUGCGCGGUCGCUGAGGUCUCCGGGUUACCCCGGCUCAGACACAAUGCGAUGGGUCAGCUGCCGACUUUGUGAUAGUCCUCCUUUAUUCCUACACGGUUCUCUCCGGCGUUCCCCUUAAUACUGAUCGGUGUUUUCGGUUUCCUAAUUUCACAUUUGGCCAUCUGUCAACGAUUUGGCUGCUUGCACGCAGCCAUUAGCUACUGAGCGAAUGGCGAAGGGCAUGUUAGAGGCUCUCUCACACACCGAUCCACUCCGCGAUAGGGAAGCGGCCAAAUAGUUUCUGCUCGUACUGCUCUCGUCGGAUGCACAGGGUCGUUGUCCUGCACCGCUUUAGUGGCCGGGAACGAGCCGGAUCGUGCGUGCUAGUAAACAAACUCUUUGAGCCAGCCUCGCUGUGUGUGCACGGUUAUUUCCUCAUCACCACAAGUGUUGAGAAAAGUAGGAAAUUUGUUGGCCUAAAGGAGUGGAUACCCUUGUAAACAGCAGGCCUGCACUGCUUUCAGCAUUCAGCAUAUCACUGUAUUUCAAGGAAAACUCUCACCUGACUGACUCAGCUACCCCCUGAGGUAUGUUGUGUUGAAGAAACACCUAUGCAGGUGGAUCCUACACUAAUGAAUGUAGGGGAUGGAGGCACGGUGAGCAGAGAGAUCAGUGCUCCAAAAAAAGCGUCUACUAGUAUGGUGGGAAAUCCCCCCCAGACGCUGCCCCCUGAGUUUCGAGGAGAUGUUACCCUCAGUCAGCAAAACAAGACUACUCCAACAACAGACUGUAAGACAGCGAAAGCCUGCCUGGACACUAGUAAUUACAACCACAGCCCUGAGCUUUCUCCACCUCAGCAGCCCAACAAUGCACCGAUGUCAAGCUCAGCCCUCACCGGCUCAGAGAAGAAAGCAGACAAAGGGGCAGAGACCGCUAAACUCAAGGUCGACGGUGUUGGGGUCUUCCCCGCUACUCAGUGGUCAGGUGGCGUGAAAGUCAGCCGGGAGGGCUCACUCAACCCCUGUCACAGCAGUGUGACAUCCAGCAAGAAAUUACACCUGCAAACCCAAGCUGUGCAAAGUGUUCCACCUGGGUUUCAGUGCUCUACCAUGUUUAAACCACCCCAGCCUGUUGCCUUCCUUCCUUCUACAAAUUUUUCCUCCCCACUUUGUAAAAUCACUCUUCCACCAGCACUGGGUCAGAUUGCAGCUUUGAGAGAAGCUACAGCCAGUCAGUUUCAGAAAGAAAUUCAGCCUCAAAGCUCAGGGGUUGGAGGAACACCUCUCAUGCGUACCUAUCCCUAUCCGUUCUCUAUGGGCCGGGCACCAGCUGGAGAGAAAAAGCCAGGCACAUCGACCUCAAAACUUAAAUCUAACCUUUCAUCGAGUAAGAAUUCCAAAUAUGUAGGAGAGCAUAAAUCUUUAGCCUCAGUGGUAGCCUCACCAGCUAUCACCCUACCGUUGCAGCACCCAUCAUUAACUUCUGCAGCACCCACCCAUUACACGUUAUCUCCCACUGCUGCCAUUUGUUGUGGCCCUGCGCUGGCCAGCAUCACCUCUCAGAGCAGACUGCUAAACCAUGUGGAGAAAGGCAACAGCAUAGACAAGACAACCAUGGGCUCUCUUAAAACAACCUCGUCCUCUGCUUCAGAGGAACACACCGCUUGCCUAAUUGAACCAAGAGAUGUCCCUCUUGAUUUGUCUGCUAAAUCCAAACGUCCAAAAUGCAUAAAUGACCCCCCAGUGUCUGUGAUGGAGCCACAUAAUAACGAGUCAAAUCAGAGAGAUUUUCUGAACUCAAAGAGGACUCAUUCUACAACUUAUAACUCAUCUGUGCAAUACCCUAUUUUACUAAAUACCCACAGGAAUGGAUCUCAUCAAAAGCAUAUAAAUAAGCCUCAGAAUCACCAGGUUCCAGAGCCCAAACCAACCUGGGGUAAGGGAUCUUCACAAGACUCCAUAAAAAACAUUCCUGGAACCUAUGUAGGUGUGGCUAGCCCCAUACUGGCUUCAACUCUGCGGGGCAAAGAUGGAAAAGGGACUUUUGCUGAUGAAUUUCAAAGUUUUGCAAAGCAGGAGUUUAUAUCUAUAAUUGACCAAGGGGAACAUCUGGCCUCAGGAGGAAAGAAGCCAUCCUCUCUGAUGAAGGGCAACCAACAUGCUUACAGUGUCAAGCAUGUUAAAAACACCAGCACAGCCAUAGCUACGAAUUGUCCCUCUAAAGGAGCCCCGACAACUGCCCUGUCAAGCUCUGCCAGCACUCAGAUUCAUCAGAAAUCUGCACCUGGCAAAACAGCGGUGCCAUACUCUACCACUGUUGUCAGUCCGGUUUGGCAACAGCCUCCUCACGUUCCUCAUCAAGCCUCGUCUGUUCAGAGAAAGGUCACACAAGGAUCUCCGAAGACCAAGGGCAGCAGAGUUACAGAAGGAUCUAAGUACAUGAGUGCUCAUCAUAGCCCUUCCAAACAUGAGGAUGAUAAGUGGGAGAGAUUAAAGUCUCCCUUGUCUAACCUUGCAUCCAUUGUAAAGCAGCAGACUCUUGAAACCACAGCACUGGCAGCUGAGGGUAAUACUCAAGCCUCACCUGUCACAUCAAGAAAAUCUGAUGUUUUGAAUCCGCUCGCCGGGAGCCGUGACACCCAAUCCAAACAUUCUUCUGCUUAUGAGUACCCACCAUACUGGUCGGUGGAAAAAUGGCCUGGUGUGCUAUCUCAAGGGGAUCCAACUCAAGCUAUGAAAAGACUUGAGAAGGUGUACACCGCUGAGCCUCUGGAGAAUAACACUGAGCUACACACCAGUCAUGUAGAACACAUGGGACUACAAGUGAAGCAAGGCUCUUCAAAACCUGCUAGCCAGUCUUAUCUCUUUGGGAGCAAUGCAUCAGCAAAUGGGAAUAGGAUGGAGAGCAAACUAGCCCAGGUGUUAGAGGGGGAGCUACUGAAGAAAGAAAGUGGGGCGUCAGACAGUCCUCCCAGUGAAACACUGGAGGGCACGGUGGCAUCUAUUCUUACAAGCCAGUGUGCGGGAGGAGGUGACAAGUUUGAAAAGAAAACGAACCGAGCCAAAGAGGAGUCACCAACCAAAGCAAAAGCUGCUACCACCAAGCAAAAGAAAACUAGUCCUAAGGAGCCAGCAAAGGAGAAGCCACCAACAGAGCCACUGAAGAAGGCUGCAGGAAAGAAAAAACAAGACGCAGAAAACAGUCCAGCCAAAGUGUCUUGCCAGAAGAAGCACAAGAAAUGUGCACCUGUGCUGGAGCAGAGUCUAUCUGCCCCUGGGCUGGAGCAGAGUCUAUCGGCGGGAAAACUUUCCCCGCCGAGUAACGAGCCAAUUGCAAAGGACAAGAUCAGCUCCAACAACGCUGAGCAACCAACCCCCAACAAACCAGUUACAGAUAACGGCAGCAGUCCUCAGCGUGUAGAGAGGCCAGUCUCUCUCAAUAGCUCUGCUACAUCCAGUAAGGACACCGACACUAUAGAGAGCUCCUUCCCAAGACUUAGGAGAGGACGACGGCGAGCUGAUGAGGCUCGACUUGACCUCUGGGGCUUUGCAACGCCUUCCCCUCCACCACCACCAAUGCCUCCUCCCCCAAUAUCCCCGACACCUCCUAUGACUCCCACUCAACUCGCUCGCCGUCCAAGAGGGAGGCCUCGCUCAAACCCCCUGCCGGAGCGGGUAUACCAGGGCAAGGGCAAGACAGUCAGCUCAGGGGGUGACACACCUGCACAUAAGAAACGCCGGCGAUGUCGUAGCAAAAAGUAUCAGAGUGGCGAAUACAUCACAGAGAAAGAAAAGCUGGAAGAUGCAGAGCGCCUGGAAGAAUUGGACUCACUGAGGCAGGACGGUGGAACUCCAGCAGAUCCACAGGUAGAUCAGUGCCCAAGUCCCACUGCCCCCAGUCCAGAGCCUCCUUCACGGAGACCCUCGUUUACUCGCUCCGGAGCGGUGCGCUAUCAGGAGAGCGAGGUGUCUUCGGAGCGCAAUGACAAGCCUUCAGGGAAGAGAAAGUUCAAAAGCAAGCACUUAUGUGACAGUGAUGAACAGAAGAGUAAGGCCAAACGCAGCAGCUUGGGCAAGCGUGGCGCCUCACUUGCCCUGGAUGAUGAUGGUGCUGUUACAAAAAGAACAGGUAGCCCCCCACCCACUCCAAAAUGUUUGCCAUCACCUCCAUCCAGUAAGAAAGGCUCACCUGGAAGAAGCAGUAAGGCAGAGUCACGACACAAAAGACCUGUUCCUCCAGAGGUACGACGGCUGAUUGUCAAUAAAAAUGCUGGGGAGACCUUGCUGCAGCGUGCUGCCCGCUUAGGCUAUCAGGAUGUCGUUCAGUACUGUCUUGAAAAGGACAUCAGGGAGGUGAAUCGGCGCGAUAACGCUGGCUACACAGCUCUCCAUGAGGCGUCCUCUCGAGGCUGGACUCAGAUUGUCCAGAUGCUGCUGAAACACGGUGCAGAUGUCAACUGUAGUGCCCAGGAUGGAACACGGCCCCUUCAUGACGCAGUAGCAAGUGAUAAUCUUCCAGUAGUCUGGUUGCUUCUGAACCACGGUGCGGACCCAACCCUGGCCACCUACUCUGGACACACACCUGUCAAACUGGCACAUAGUCCGAGCAUGAAGACCUUCCUCACAGAAUAUUUCACAGACCUGGAAGGCCGCAGUGAACUGGAUCCCUGUUUAGCCUGGGAGUUCUACAGCAGCUCCCUGUUUGAGACCGACCAGGAGCCGUGCUGGGACUUCCUGUUGUCUGAGCAGAAUCAGGAGCUGGAGGAGAAUGUAAUGGGGAUGACUGAGCGGGACUCGGACAAAGACUGCCUUCUGUUUGAGUUCUCCGACGAGCCUCUCCUACCCUGUUAUCAUGUUCAGGUGUCAUUAACCCAGGGCUUCUGUAACUGGUUUCUACUGACUGAUGUUCUGAAGCGUCUGAAGAUGUCAGCGCGGAUCUUCCGAGCACGUUAUCCACACAUGGAAGUGGUGAGUGUGUCGCGGGCUGAGCUCUGGAGGCAGGUAUCAGUCAGCCAGGUGAGCGCCGCUUUAGCCUCACCCUACAGAGGCAAAAUCAAGGAGGAGGAGGAGGAGGAGAAGGAGGAGGAUGAAGAGGGACUUGUGGAUCUGGUGCACUGUGUACCAGAACUCCAAAGACUACUGGGCUCCUCUAUUCACAUCCUACAAGAGGACGAGGAGGAAGAGGAGGAGAAGGAAGAGACGCUGACAAAGACAGGGAAGCCUUGCGGCCGAUAGCCUCUGCAUCGCAUCCCUCCACCAUGAAGUUUCUAAUGUGUCAGCCCAAGUUCCUCCUGCAAGCAGCAGCUCAAAGGAAACCUCUCCAUCCAUUGUAACGAGGAUCAUGGGUUUUAACUCCAGCUAGAGACCGAUAACCUUUGACCUCAGACAGAAGGUGAUUAAGUGAUCACAAGGACGUGCACACGGGAGUGGUCAUUGCUGGGAAGCAGCUUUCAGGUUCCUAUCUAUAGGUAUAUUUGAAUACAUGAAAACUAUUGAGCAGACCUUUUUUAUUGAUUAUGUAUGUACCUGUACAUGGUAGUGUAUAUGUAUAUCUUGCCAUCAGGGUUAACACAUUUGGUUAUAUAAAUCUAUUAUUGUGGCAAGGUGUGGAUUAAGUUUAGGACUUUUUGUUUGAUUUUGUUCCUGAGGGAAAGCGUUAUUUUCCAAUGGGAGAUAAUCCAAGGCUUUUUCUCUUGGUGAACUCUUAUGUAAACCUAAGACGCUUAAGUCAGGGAGGCCAUUGGCCCAGAUGGUUUCUCUGUCAACCUGGGAGACCCGGAGACCUGCAGAGGAGAGACCACAGCACAUACUAAUCAAACACUCACCCACCCAGCUCAGAGCCUCAUUUCAAUUUCCUCCUUUCUUUCAGUUUUCAAGAGAUCAUCACUGGAUGGACCCCAACAGCUUAGGUUGUUUAUUUCCCUUUGUAUUUCACAAAGUCAGCCAGCACAGCACUCACCUGUACUGGUUCCUACUCGUAGUAUGAAAUGAUUUGGAGCUUGACACAGAGCUUGUUUACAGAACUGGACAGACAGCAGUGGUCUCCACUCUCCAGGUCGCACUCCUCAUGAACUGAUGCAGAUUCCUGUGGAUCUCCCUCUGAGAAAAAGCUGUACCAUCUCUGGAGACCGGAGCCUCCUCCCGUGUCCGAGGACCCGCGAUGCCCUCGUAACUGCAGCCACGGCCGUCCCCCAUCUCCCCAUACGGUGUUUCCAGAUCCCAGAGUGCUUUGUGUUGCAGUGUUUUAUUUACACUGUUUGUUGUGCUUAAUUUAAUAGUCAUUAAUAUAUUUGACCUCUUGUGUAUCUGACAAGUCUAUCUAUGAAACAGUUGCUUUGUAUGGUUGGUGCUUCAUUUUGAAAUGUACUGGUUAGGAUCCCUUUAUUCUAAGAUUUUCCUCCCUCCAUUCAAAAAGGCAAAAGUACAGUUUUAUUGUACUGGUGCUAAGAUAGAUUUUGUGUUGACAAUCAGUGAAGUUUUGGUUUGAGGUCACAAGUUAAUAAAAGAUAUUUAAGAUGAAAAGAAAAGUAUAGUUUAGUUAAAGAAAUGGGAUACAGCAAGACUGAACGACUGAGCAGUGUGUGAGAUCUUGACAGAGCCUUUUAUUUGAUUCUUUUAUAAGAAAUCAAGAAUAAAGCAUGAUUGUGAAUCAUAGUUUUAUCUCUUGCCACUUUUAUCUUUUGCUACUUAGAUUAUUAUAAUGAACAAAAUGUUCAGAGUAAGAUUCUCCUUUAGGCAUGCUGCAAAUGAUCCUUUUGGCCUCAUUUUACUGAAUAAAUCUUUUUUUAAAUGACAGAAUUUGUCCCUCAGCGAUAAAGUACAAAGAACAAUAACACUGAUCUGUGCUGAGGAAAACCCUGAGGAAGCUCCGUCACUUAUCUUUGGCCUCA